CGAAUAUUAGAAAAGGUUCAAUAAAUGAGGCAGUUAAACUAAGAAGGCAAAACGUAUGACAUUUCUGAGAGAGCAGUAAAGAUUCUUAAAAUGAAAACAAUUGUAUUGGUCCUGCUUGUGCUAACAUGUACAUUGCAGAGCAGCAGGGGAGAAGUAAUAGAUGGUAUACAAAAGACCUACAGAGUAACACAAGUAAACAAUAACAAUGGAACUGGGUCCAGCUCAGCUGUGUCCUACAAUGUUGCACUCCUUGAUUUUGUGCAGAAUAACAUGACAUGGACUGCAGCACAGAACUACUGCAGGAAUACAGCUGCAGAUUUGGUAACUUUUUAUAAAGAAGAAGAUAUUUGGCUACUCUUAAGCAUUACAAAAAACAAAGAAUUUUGGAUUGGGUUGCAUUGUGAUAGUGACAACUGGCACUGGUCAAACGGGGACAAUCUUACAUAUUCAAACUGGGACAGAGACCUGUUCUGUGCUUUUGCUCAGUCCAAUGGAUCUUGGAGUGAUUCAGUCUGUGAUAAAAAUAAACCUUUCAUGUGCUACAACAAGACUGGGAACAUCAAUGAAACAUAUUUCUGGAUAAAUGAGAAAAUGAGUUGGAGCAGAGCUCAGAACUACUGUCGAGUGAACUACACUGACCUGGUCAGUAUAAGAAAUGAGAGUGAAAAUCAGGAGAUAAUGAAGAAAGCAAAAAUCAGUCCCUUCUGGAUUGGUCUCUUCAACAACCCUUGGAAGUGGUCUGAUGGAGGGAAUUCAACAUUUCAAAACUGGACUAGUGGUAAUCCAGACAAUAACAAUCAUGCUGAAAAGUGUGUGGUAAAUAACUUUCAACUGAAUGUUUCUACCUGUAAUGAGAAUGACAGCAGUUGUUGGAAAAAUAACUAUGAAGGAAAAGGAUGGAAUGAUGCUAACUGUACUUUGACGAAGACUUUUUUCUGUACUGACAAAACUAAUGUUUGCACCUCAUAUUACUUUGUGUCAAAGCCAAUGUCCUGGGAUGAUGCUCAGAAGUAUUGCAGAGCCAACAACACUGACCUGGUGACAGUUGAGAAUGAAACAGUAAAUUCGGAGCUGCUAAAAAUAUCAGAAAAUAGAAGUUGGAUUGGUCUCCGGCAUGAAACUAACCACUGGUACUGGUCCAAUGGAGAUCCUGUCGCCUACACAAACUGGACACAUAAGUUUUCUUGUGCUGUGUUCCAGACAGACGGCUCUUGGAAUGACUCAGACUGCAAUCAACAGAAACCUUUCAUGUGCUAUAAAGAUUCUACCAACAUUAAUCGCACAUACUUCUGGAUAAGUGAGAAUAUGACCUGGAGCAAUGCUCAGAAUUACUGUCGAGUGAACUACACAGACCUGGUCAGUAUAAGAAAUGAGACUGAAAAUGAGGAGGUAAGGAACAGAUCACAAAGCGCUCCCUUUUGGAUUGGCCUGUUUAUUGGUGCAAGGAAGUGGUCUGAUGGUAGAACACCAUCCUAUCAGAACUGGCAACCCCAAGAACCAGAUAACUUUCAUCACCAAGAAACAUGUAUGAAGGUGAAUACAAAUGGGAAAUUGAGAAACGAGGACUGCAAAUCCAAUUAUUCCUUCUUUUGCUCCCAAAAUGUCAUAAAUGUGACCUUUGUUAAUAAAGAUGUAACUUGGGAAGAAGCCCUGGACUACUGCAUAAAGAUGGGCUCUAGUCUCAUCAGCAUCACAUCACAGACGGAGCAGGAAGCAUUAGCCGCACUGCUGCAGACCACAAAUUCAUCAACCGUAUGGCUGGGGCUGAGACAGAGCCGCCUGUUUGGAUUCUGGUUUUGGGUGGAUGAGAGACCCUUGAGUUAUGAGAACUGGGCCAAUGGUAACCACUUAAACCUCUCUAACUCACAUCAUUGUGCCACCAUUUCAAAAACGAAUUUCACUUGGAUUGAUGUUUCUUGUUCAGACAGUCAUUCCUUCAUUUGUAAAUGACAUUUGAACAUAAAUUAAAAUCUGCUAGUUGUAUUUACUUUUAUAUAAUUAGCUUUUAGUCAUUGCUGUACUUCUUAAAGUGGUGCCUGACUGUUCCUGAUUCAGGUUUCAUGUUGUUGUUCUGUUCAGAGUGUGGGUAUGUCGAAGUGUGUGCCCAACAUUAGCUUCUAUCUUACACUGUUCAGCUAGGAUCAGACUAGAAACCAGGAUUGGAAAAUGAAUGAAGGGAUAUUUUUAUUUGCAAAUGUUCUAGUAAGUGUUUUUAAUUUAAAUUUAAAAAUGUGGAAUUGUUUUGUUUUUGUUACCAUAUUUUGAGGCUUUCAAAAAUAUCAAGCUAAAAUG